AUGGAGACCCCGGAUCUUGCGACUACGCCGGGCAUGCCUCCUCCGGCGGGGGAGGUAUCGCAGUUCGAUUCGCCGUACAAUUCGCUGCAGAUAGUGACGUUCGUUGCAUUUGGCAUAACGUUUUUUCUGGCAACGGUUGUUCUGGCACUUCGGUAUUUCCAGGCCAUCAAGCUCAUCAAGAAGAUCGAGAUGGAUUUAGUCACCGUGACGAUUUCUUACGGCGUGUCUGUGUACUAUUUCGUGUCUAUGCAUAAAUUGAUGGGUUAUGGCUGGGGCAAGCACGCGUGGGAUGCUCUCCUCCCCAAUACCCUGAGCUAUCUCGUUUGUCCCUGCAUCACCAAGAUGGCCAUCCUGUCUGUCCUAUACCGCAUCAGCCCCGCAUUCGCAUACCGUGCCGGAGUGGUGAGCGUCGCCGUCAUGACUUUCACCUACACCUUGGUCUUGUGCGCCAUCACGGGCGGCCCCUGCAGCCCGUUAAAAGAAGGGACCAUUGAAUGUCUGCAAAACGUGGCGCUAUCGCAAGCGGCGUUGAACAUCGCGUCCGACUUUGCCGUCAUGGCCCUGCCUCUCCCCACGAUCAUGAGUCUUCACUUUCCUCGGAAGAAGAAGAUCACCGCCGGCUGUCUCUUGACGUUGGGGUCCGCUGUGACCGUUUGCUCGAUCGCCCGUCUCCCAUAUGUCAUCAAGCUCAUGAAAGACCCCGACGUCACCUACACGGAAGCCAUUCUGGGAGUAUGGUCUGUGGUAGAGGUCAACCUAGGAAUCAUCUGCGCCUGCUCGAUGCGACUCAAGCAGUUGCUGAGGGUGUAUGUGCCACAAUUGGGGCCCCCCUCGUCGAACCCGCCCAGUGGGAAAGUGAGCACGUACGAGUCGUGGGGGAAUCGAUUCCGGCCUGAUGGAGGCAGCGCGCAGCACUCGUACCAGCUGCAUAGCGUGCAGAACAGCAGCGUCGAUCCGUGUGUUGGUAGCAAGGAUAUUGCUGUCGAUCGCACGUUUAACAUGGAUGUGGAGGAGCGUGGAAGCACCGACAAGAUCUUGCGGUGA